AAACGAACUGUCAGAAUACAAGUGAUUGUUUGGCUUGAGUUUAUUUGGUGCUGUUUUGGCUGUGAACACAGUUUAUGUUCAUGUUGUUUUCUUCAAAACACUGUUUGAUGGAUGCGUUAUCAAUAUUUAAUGAAACAAUUAAUUCAACGAUAUAAAAAUGAUAGUUUAGAGGAAAAACCAGAUUAGUUACAAUGAGAAAGAGAUAUUGUGGUGUAAAUUCUUGUCCGAAUUUUACUGGAACCGCAGACGAAAAUGUCCCAUUUUUCAGAUUGCCAAUUUACGAACCGGAACUUCUGGCUAAAUGGAAGCAAGCUGUCAAUAGAGAAACCACAGGGACUUUUAAACUAUGUGGCUCACACUUCAGACAAGAGGAUCUUAUAAAGAGUAGAAGGAAUAUAAGAUUGAAACCGGGUGCCAUUCCAAUGCCCGUUCCAAAAACUGUCAAGACUGAAAUAUCAUAUGAAACUAUCAUAGAGGAACCUCCCACAGUAGACUCUACUCUAGAUGAACUUCCCACCGAGGAACCACACACAGAGCACGUGGAAAUAAUGGAUAUUGAAGCAAAUGAAAGUGCUUCAGAUGAGCAAGAAUUGUGUCAGUCGUGCAUCAACUAUGAAGUUCAAUUGCAAGCGGCUCAUGCGGAGAUUACGGCAUUAAAGAAGAAAUUGAGCGAAUUGACCGUAGAAAAUAAUAUGAUGAAGACUCAAAUUCGAUCAAUAUCAACCAAAUAUUCAACGUGUCACAGAAUAUCUACCAUCCAAGAGCCAGGAAGUGUGACUCUUACGAUUGAACCUGAUCAACCGAUUUCAAUCGAUGAAAAAACAUUGAACGACUGUUCCAUGCUAUCCGCUUCUUUUCUCAGCGAAGAGAUGGAUGAAUCAUCGAGUGAUGAGUCGCCGACAGCUUCAAUGAGUGGACCAUCAAAAGAGAUUGAACAAUACAAGGAAUCAAUUAGGACAGUGGACAUAGCAGAUGUGUCUCUCGAACCGAGGCAAUCGACCCUAAAACUGUUUCAAUGCGGAAGAUGUGACAUGGCAUUCGAAUUGGCAAUAGAACUGUCCCGUCAUAUAACGGAAUAUCAUUCAAUAAAAACAGUAACUGUCCCGCGUUUGCCAAAAGAGAAGACACGUGCUGCGAGAAAGAAAAAAGAAGGGAAGAGCUACCAGUGUUAUUUGUGUAGAAUGAGUUUCAAUACUUUUUUCAACGGAGUUCAUGUUCAUAUGAAACGCCAUGAAAGAGACCAGAAAUGCGAGAUCUGUAAAACAGAAUUAACUCUCAACGAGCUGAAUUCACAUUUGUGUGGCGAUGAGAAAAGCAUUCGUUGUGAUUACUGCGCAGAUGAAUUCACAGCUACAUCGAAGCUGGUAGAGCAUUUGGAUAAGUCACAUGAAAAGGGAAAAUUAUUGUAUCGAUGUGAAAAAUGUUCAAAAUACUUCUCCAUGUUCGCUCUGAAGGAAUUGCAUAUGAAAGUACAUGAUAGAGCACCGAAGCAAUUUGUAUGCAAAGUCUGUCACAAGAAUUUUGCUUCCAAAUUGCUUCGUAAAGUUCACGUCAAGAGACAUAAUGAGACAAAUUCUCAUCUCUGCGAAGAAUGUGGCAAAAGUUUUGGAUCAGCACGUAGUUUACAGCUUCAUAAAAGGGCGUAUAUCCAUAACAAAGAGUUAAUAUUUCAUUGCCCCCAUUGUUCCAGAAAAUUUUUUAAUAGGCAAACUUUUAGUAGACAUCGUGACAAACAUCGAGAAUUUAAAUACGUGUGCGAAAUCUGCCAAACUGAACAUCCAUCUAAGCAAUCAUUUGAAGCGCAUAUGAAGAGGCACCACCGAAGAACAGAGGCCGACAGAAAAUAUGCCUGCAAAUUAUGCCCAUUGAAGUUCUUCUCAUCACAAAUUUUGAAAUCUCACCAGAAAGUACACACUAGCGUGAGAUUGUUCAAUUGCCAAUUCUGCAACCAAUCGUAUAAGUAUAAAGGGGAUUUGAAUAAACAUCUGAAAACUCAUAUUGGAAACAAAAUUCACAAAUGCAAAAAGUGCUUUGAACUAUUCGAAUAUAAAGAUCUUCUAAAACACGAAGACGGACACUACCUAAAAGAAAAAGAAGCGAAUGAAACGAACGAGUGAAGGCGAAUUUUCAUACUGAAUUUGGACGAUUUUAUUAGCUAAUGAACAUGAAUCAAUAAAAAAGUUAUAAAAAAAAA